AUUAUAAUAGAUGGCAUGGUGAAAAUUUAUUCAAUUACUUGAAUUAAAAUAAAUAACUUUUAAUUAAUUGCAUAUAAUGUUGUAUGAGGAAAGAUGGGAAAAGAUUGGUUUUGUUUAUUCUUUGUUUUGUUUACUUCAGCUUAUUGUGCAAAUCAACAAGAGCAAGAUUCUUCGUUAAUAAAGCUUCUUUCUAAGGGAUCAAAACAAGUACCAUUUCUUCAAAAACAAACAUUAGAUGUUGAUGAUGAUACUGUUGAAGAUGUUCCCAUAAAAAUGCCGGAAAAAAUUUCAGAACAUCAACAUUUUAUACCAGUAGAACCAAACUUAAACUCGAUUUUACCUCGAACAACACUAUUUUCGGAUCCUUAUGAAAAUGCAAAAAAACGAGAAAGAUAUGAAGCAGGUAUUUUAGCAAAUCCUAGACCAACAAAUUCUUUUUUUGACGGUAGGUUGUUGGAAAAUAAACAACUAUUAGAAAUGCAAAAAGGAGAUGUAUCUCCGCCAGAGUUAGAACGGCAUAUAAACCAGCAGGACGAAAAUUUAAAACACAUUCUAGAAAUCGCAAAUAACGCAAACAAGGAUGAUGCUUCUGUUAAACCAAACAAACUUUUAACUAUUAUUAGAGAAAAUCCGACAGAUCGUUUAUCAAAAACAAAAGAUGUAGAUACUUAUUAUCAAAAAUUAGAAUCCGAAUCUUCCGAAAAAGCGUUGGAAGAUCAAUAUUCAAGUCAAACAAUUUUAAAAGGUAAAAGUAUGCCUAAUGAAGCGUAUAGUAGAAAAAUGCCUGAACACGGAAGUCCAUUUUACUUACAACAGGAAGUUGAAAUGUUUAAAUCAUCAAAUCCUGAUUAUUAUAUUAGUCUUGAUAAAAAAAAAAGUCAAAAGAAGCAAGUACGACCAAAAUACAAGUUGAGAAGAAUUGACACAGACAGGUCUUCUGAUGAUGAAAUUGUUAACAGUCAUCAUUUAAAUGAUCAUGAUUCAGAAAUAGUAAUAAAAAGCUCAGAAGAACUACUACAAGAAAAAGAUGAAAAUAAUGAUGACCAGACAAAUGUUACUAGUCGUAGACAUGCAGAUAAGUUAUCAACGCCUCAAGUGCUACCUACGGUUAAUAAAGCAUUUUUUUCAUUCUCUUAUGACAAAGAAUCGCCCUUCGGACCACAAGCCUGGCAUCUUCUAAACGUAGAUUGGACUUGUACAGCAAGAAAGCAAUCUCCAAUAGACAUUGAUACUAAAUAUUUAAUUGACAAUGUUGCCGUAAAAAACAUUGUGCUUAAAAUAAAUCCUCCUAACUCGCCGUUAAUUGGGACGUUACGAAACAAUGGUCAUGCUCCAACGCUCUCAAUUUCAAGCGAUGUCUCCAUUAAAUUGUUCGGAGGAAAUCUUGUUAAUGAUUAUUUUUUUAAACAACUUCAUUUUCACUUUGGAUGCACUUCGGGUACUGGAUCUGAACAUCAAAUUGAUGGAAAUGCAUUUCCUUUAGAAAUUCAUUUAGUGUUCUGGGACAAUUCGACAUACAAAAGUUUUCCCGACGCCGCUAAAGCUGAUCGAGGCAUUGCUGUCUUAGCUGUUCUUUUUGAAAUACAGUCACCAAACAAAACAACAGAUACGCCACUUUCACAAGUUAUACAGUUGUUAAGACACAUUGAAGAAGAAGAUGAUACAGUCGCAGUUAAAGAAGAAUUUAACUUUCGAUUAGAAAACUUAAUACCAAAUGUUAUGAAAUCAAAAAGCGCUGAUAGGUUUUACACAUAUGAAGGCUCUUUGUCAACCCCUGGUUGCUAUGAAUCUGUUACAUGGAUAGUUAUGGCAACAUAUUUAUCGGUUACUGAAUCAGAUCUAUCAGUGUUUCGAAAACUUCGGUCUUCAAAAGUCAAUCAUUAUAGUGAUGAAAUGUGCAACAAUUACAGACCAAUUCAAAGAAAGAAUGGAAGACGAAUAUAUUCGAAUAUAAUUUGAUUAGAAAAUUUUUUGUUA